GCCCGCGGAAGUGAUCCCGGGCAGGGCGAGCCGGGAGGAAGCGGAGGCUCCGGGCAGAGGUGAUCCGCAGAGGAGGCGGCGAGCGCGGGCAGAGGCGAUCCCGGGAGGAGGCGGCGAUCCCGGGCGGCUCCACCAUGAAGCUCAUCAUCCUGGAGAAUUACUCUCAGGCCAGCGAGUGGGCGGCCAAGUACAUCCGCAACCGCAUCGUGCAGUUCGGGCCCGGGCCCGGGCGCUUCUUCACGCUGGGGCUGCCCACAGGCAGCACCCCCCUGGGCUGCUACAGCAAACUGGUGGAGUAUUACCGCAACGGGGACCUCUCCUUCAAGUACGUGAAGACCUUCAACAUGGACGAGUACGUGGGUCUUCCAAGGGAUCACCCAGAAAGUUACCAUUCCUUCAUGUGGAAUAACUUCUUCAAGCACAUUGACAUCUCACCAGAAAACGUCCACAUCUUGGAUGGAAAUGCCCCUGAUCUCCAGGCAGAGUGUGAUGCAUUUGAGGAGAAAAUCAAAGCAGCUGGAGGCAUCGAGCUCUUUGUUGGAGGUAUCGGCCCCGACGGUCACAUUGCCUUCAACGAGCCGGGAUCCAGCCUGGUGUCCAGGACACGAGUGAAGACCUUGGCCAUGGACACCAUACUGGCCAAUGCCAGGUUCUUUGAUGGUGACCUCUCCAAAGUGCCCACCAUGGCUUUGACAGUUGGAGUAGGCACUGUCAUGGAUGCCAGAGAGGUGAUGAUCCUGAUCACGGGAGCCCACAAAGCCUUUGCUUUGUACAAAGCCAUCGAGGACGGUGUCAACCACAUGUGGACGGUGUCGGCCUUCCAGCAGCACCCCAACACCGUGUUCGUGUGCGACGAGGACGCCACGCUGGAGCUCAGAGUCAAAACAGUGAAAUAUUUCAAAGGUUUAAUGCUGGUUCACAACAAGCUCGUGGAGCCCUUGUACAGCAUGAAGGAGAUGGGAGCAGAGAGGAGCCAGUCCAAGAAGCCAUACAGUGAUUAAUGUGCUGGGGCAAUGCUGAGCCAGCUGCUGAAAACAGCUGGAAGGGAAUUGCUGCAGAAACUGAUCUCAUAUUUGUUUUUAAAUUAGCAGAAUGAUUGUAUGGUUCCUUCUCUCCUUUAAAGAGACAGAUGCCAAACACCUGCCUUAAUUACCCAAAGGAGGAUGGGAUCCAGUGUUCUGUUUUCCACAAAUUUCUGCCACCAACUCACUCUCUGAAGGAAAUGAAGAAUGAGUUGUUUUAUCUGUGAACUGACUGUAAUCGUGGACUGAAGGCUGCAGAACUGAAAAGUGAGGAUAAAUGAAAGUACAACAGAAACAAGUGGGUGAUCACUUUGGGGUGUAUUCCUUGCAAUUAGGACAAGUAUCUCGUGUUACUCCUUCCUCCUCCAUGAGACACUCACAUUAGAAUCCUGGGAAAGAGGAUUGUCCAGCUGGAGAAAGGAAAGCUCAGAGCAGCACCCAGAGCCACGAGAAGGCAGGAAGAAGAUGGAACCAGGGAGAAGAUGGGAAGGGACAGUGGGGCCUGAGUGGAGACACGAUGCUCACGCUGGAGAGGAUAAACCCCACAGUGGGAGCAGCCAAGCAGUGGGGCAGGAUCCCCACGGCUGUGCAGGCUCCUUAGGAGGUUGCCAGGACCUGACUGGAUAAAGCCCUGGCUGAGCCCUGCUUUGAGCCACAUGCUGGACUUGAGACCCUCAGCAGAAGAGGCUGCAGCAGCAUCCCCCACACGGGGUCCAUAGUGCAGCUCAGGCACCUGAGCAUGGCACUGCUGUCACACACAAAGCCCUUGCUCAUGUUCAGGCCCAGGUAUGAUUUGCUAUGCCUGGUGCUCUCUCUUCUCCAGAAUUUUCUGUUUCUCUGAGGAAAUGCCAAACCAGCCCCAAAGGAAACACUCUGUUCCUGCUGGCUUCAGCCUCUGUUUAAGUACAGACACCCCACACAGCCAAGACCCCACCAAUUCUGAAAUGUGAUUCCUGGGAUUUCUAUCCAGUGCUCUCGCACGAGGGGCAAGAAAACUGGGAAACAUUUAUUUUCUUUAUAUAGAAAUUUUGUAAGUUGUUGAUCUGUAAUGUAAGUUCCUUCACUAAAUGUCUUUAAAUUUUU